AGGAGGUGGUGGCCCGGGAGGAGGAAGCCGGAAGUGCAUCGGACCCGGUCGGUCUGGGUGUUGUGGGAUUGGGGCCUGGGAUCGCUCAGCCCCGGGCAGCGAAGAAGCCCGUGACGGGGCGGAGCGGCGCCAUCCCAGCCCUGAGGCCUGCUGACCGGGACAGGCAGGCUCUGCGCGCCCCGCGGAGGUCGGCGGCGACCAGCAGCGACCGCAGAGCGACGGUGGGCCGCCCCGGGCAUGUAUGCCCCCGGAGGCGCAGGGCUGCCCGGCGGGCGCCGGCGGAGGAGUCCGGGAGGCAGCGCUCUGCCCAAGCAGCCGGAGCGUAGCCUGGCUUCGGCCCUGCCUGGCGCCCUGUCUAUCACGGCGCUGUGCACUGCCCUCGCCGAGCCCGCCUGGUUGCACAUCCACGGAGGCACCUGUUCCCGCCAGGAGCUGGGGGUCUCGGACGUGCUGGGCUACGUGCACCCGGACCUGCUGAAAGAUUUCUGCAUGAACCCCCAGACAGUGCUGCUCCUGCGGGUUAUUGCUGCCUUCUGCUUUCUGGGCAUUCUGUGUAGUCUCUCUGCGUUCCUUCUGGACGUCUUUGGGCCCAAGCAUCCAGCCCUGAAGAUCACGCGUCGCUAUGCCUUCGCCCAUAUCCUCACCGUCCUGCAGUGUGCCACCGUCAUCGGCUUUUCUUACUGGGCUUCUGAACUCAUCCUGGCCCAGCAGCAGCAACAUAAGAAGUACCACGGCUCCCAGGUCUACGUCACCUUUGCAGUUAGCUUCUACUUGGUGGCGGGAGCUGGCGGAGCCUCAAUCUUGGCCACCGCAGCCAAUCUUCUGCGCCACUACCCCACAGAGGAAGAGGAGCAGGCUCUGGAGCUGCUGUCGGAGAUGGAGGAGAACGAGCCCUACCCUGCGGAGUACGAGGUCAUCAAUCAGUUCCAGCCGCCCCCUGCCUACACACCCUAGUGCCAGCGGGCUCUCUUCCUCCACAGCCCUCCCCCUGCGCUGCGGCUCCUCUCACGCCCAGAGGGGCUGCUUCCCCAUCAGGCCUCACCAGUAGGACCCUGACCAUCUUCACCAAACCUUCCCCAGGAGAGAGUCUGCCUUUAGGGUUGUUCACCUGUCCCUCCUCCCCAAAGCUGGGCUCCAGCAACUUUAUAUAAUGCCUUCUCCUUCCUGACACCUCUGUCCCCUUCCGUUCACUAGUCACUACCAACCAGGGAUGGUCAGACAAGUGUUCCCCCAUCACGGGCCACAUCUUUGGGACCAGAACUCCCUGGGGAGCUGCUGAUAGUGGACAGUCCCAGAGAGAAAAAUUGUCAACGGGACCCAAGAGAGAAAGGGGACUGUGCCACCAGGCUCCGAGUCAUUCCACAGGUGUGGCUCUGGGCUGCCCCCUCGUUCCUCCUUGGAGCGCCCCAGUCCCAGGUGGCCCACUGCCUGGAUUCUCUGCACUUUAGUCUUUGGACUUCUCCUCCCGGGCUCUGGCUUGAAGGGGAGAAGGAACCGCCCUCCCCGCUGACCCUGGCGUUGUGAGGUUGCCGCCAGGCAAGGAGAGCAGGACCUGCAGGAGCCCGGGCUCGUGGUGCCUGUACCGGAUCAGUGUGAAGGGGACUCGGUCUCCAGCCCCUUCGCCUUUUAAAAUUCAAGGAAAAAACAAAACCAAGCAACAACCACCGUAUUCUCUUUUUAAAAUAGGGACAAGGCUGUUGUCAUUUUUCAGAAAUGUAUCCUGUCCCUUUUGGCUCUGCAGUGGUUUGGACCACAGCUACUUCUGAGCCCUGGUCGCCCUGGCUGGGUCUCCCAGAAGAAUGCAGCCCCUCUUCCCCGGCUCCCUCCUCUCAGUCAUGGCGGCUCCCUGGGGCCUUCCUGUGGAACCAGAGCUGCAUGGCCUCAGAGGGGCUGAGGACUGUGGCCUGGCUGGCCGGCCAGCGUGGUGCUCCUCAGGACUGCAGCACUGAGGUGAAACCUGGCCUCAGCUUGGGAACAGGGGCCACAGCAGGGCAGGACCCUCCGCUCUCCACAUAGGAACUUGGACCAGGUGAGCAGGCCUUUCUGUAGCCUGGACUCAGCGUGUCCCCAGACUGUGACUUGGGCUACAGCUCACUGCAUGCCCCUCUCCCCUUCUUGAAUGUACUCUGGUCUUGCAGUGUGCUCCUGGCUCUUUGUUGCCCGCCAUCACUGGCUACCCUGUUUGCUCUGGGCCUAGCAGAAUUCUCUGCCUGAGACCUAGGGAGAGACCUUCAGCGUGGAUCCAGUUCUCUGGAGUCUGUGUCCAGUGCUAAGCUAAAAGGGACAGGUUCCCAUCUCUUCCCACCCUUGAGGUGAUAGGCAGUUGGAGCAGGAAUGUAGAGUGGAUGCCGCCUUUGGGCUGUGGCGGAAGGGCACGGUCCCUGGCCUCCUUUGGCCAGAUUGACCCGGGAUGUCUGGGAAGAUGCUUGUGUGGGUGAGGACCAUGUCUGCACAUGAGUGAGCGGCUGCUUGGAGUUCACUGCUGUGAUGCCAAAGUGUGCCCCAAGGUGAAUCUCCCACUCCUGCGUGUCCAUCUCAUAGGCAGGAAAGGCUGCCUGUGAUACCUGAGCACAGAGCCAAGGAGCCGAAUUACGUCUGUCUGUCUGUAAAGUCCUGAGUUUGUCACUGGCAGGUUUCUGAGGUGUGGCCAACUCUGAGUGUGGGUGUCUGAGCGAGCGGGCCAGAAGGCCAGGCGCCAAACUCGCAUGCCAAAGUGAACGGUCACCUCAUAAGGACCUGGAUGUGGCCCUGUGGACCGUUCCACGUGAUUUGGAACCCACUUUAUUAGCUUCCCGUGCCUCUGGCCUUUCUUUCCCUGCCAUCCUGACACUGAUAGUUUGUCAUAAAAAGUCCCCCAGUUAUGUUUUUCUUUUCUAGGAAAAAAAUUAAAAAGCAAAACAAAACAAAAAACAGAAACUACAGAUAAGAAUAUAAGUGCCAAUGACUGCCUGUCAUUUUUCUGUCACAAUUUUCUCAAUUUGGUCAGCUUCCUUCCUCUCAGAGAAAAGCAGGGGACAUAGAUGUGGCUUGUGAUUUAAAACAAAGUUAGAAGGGACUUGGCGUGUGCCUGCUUCAUGCACAUGCGUACCCCCAGCAGCCUCCUAGCCCUGACACCUUCCUCACAGGAAGUGUCCAAGGCCUGUGGCUAGACACGGCAGAUGGCACUGCCCAGCCUCGGCCCAGAACCCCUGCAUCCCCCAGUGUGCUGGGGGAGGAAGACUUCAGCCUCUUAGCUGUGGCUCUGUAAGGGCCGCCCUUUCAUUGGUAUGACACUGGCAGAGGCCCGGGAGGAGGUGGUUCAGAGUGUGACCUGCAGGAAGUGCUUCCGGUGGUGCUGGGCCCUGGUGGUUCUCUCACUCCAUUCGCUCAACCCCCAGUCUGGGCCCCACGCACGUUACAGCACGUUAUGGUGGAAGGGCUGAGGGCCUCCUUAGGGAGCAGCCCAUUUAGAUGUUUUUUUUCAUUCCAGGGAGAGAACAUGUCUUUCUUAGGAAUGUGGUUCUGUCGGAUGUUCUCAGAAGGGCCCCUUGUGUUAUGCACAAAGAACCAUUAGGCUCAGUGAAAGAAACCCGGUGACUGACAUUUUAUGUCCUGGGUUCAGGAGAUGACCUUGUGCAAAGAGGUGGGAUGGAAUGAGUUGUCUGCUGGCCACUAGAAACUGUGCUGUGCCCGAGGGAGGAAGAGGCGGCUCCAGGGGGAGGGCAUAUUCCCACUGGGAAUGGCCAGGGCAGGCCGUACUCCUGCACCGAUGGCCACAAUGUGGUGAGCAAAGGGCCGAGGUCCCUGGAAUGCAGCAAAAUCUGUGGGGACCGUGGAAGGGUUUCGGGGAGGGAAGGGCGCCCAGCUCCAUGGAUGUGACAAUCUAAGGGAGGCCCUCCAGGUCUUAAGUAAGCGUGGGAGUGCAAAAAGUAGGGACAGAUGGUGCCCGACACCUGGUAGGAGGGAAGCAAGCAGUCAGCCAGGAGCCAGGUAGGGACCCAGCAACCCCAGUCCCUGCCCAUCCACUUGCAUCCAUCCAUCCAUAUGCCACAGUCAGAAGGUAGGGUCAACUGCAGACCUAGACAGUGGCAUCGAAGAACAGUACAAAGCCCUUGGGAAACAGGAAGUGGUUGUUGCCCAGAGGAAAGGCCAUUCUCACCAGAUACCCCAAGGAUCUCCAGCUGGCAUCUUGCCCACCGUUGUACCUGCUCCGGGUAAAUAUGCUAAUGGACACAAAGUUCUGUAGGGAGACGGAAAGGAACUAAUAAACUUCCUGGCCCUGUUUUCAAAUGGCCUACAGUC